UUGUGGGUCAGCCGUCAGCCCAACAAACGAAAAGGCGCAUACGAUUCAGGAAACGUGGGCCGGAGCCAAUGAACGUGCACAUGCAGCAGCAGCACCACCUCCGUCAGCUCCGAGCCGUCCUCCUCCGCCGCGGCCACCCCGUCCCCCCACCGCCGGCGACCCACCCGGACCCUGACCGGGCCUUCCUCGCCGCCAUCCGUGCCGCCGCCUCCUCUGCCCCACGCCUCGUGCUCGCCGCCUGCGCCUGCCUCCGCCGCGCCGGCCUGCCCGCACCGGGGCCCCGAGCGCUUCCGGCCCUGCUCCGCUCCGCUGCGCGCUGCGAGGGUGCUGGCGCGUACGUCGCGGCCACGCACGCGCUGGCCGUCAGGACAGGGGCACUGGACGAUGGGUUUGUCGGAACCGCGCUGGCCGGGGCGUACGCGGCGUGCGGGUGCGUGAGGGACACGCGGAAAGUGUUUGACGGAAUGGCCGUGAGGGACGUCGUCUCCUGGGGCGUCAUGCUUGAUAGUUAUUGUCAGACUCGGAACUAUAAAGAAGCUUUGCUUCUGUUUGCUAAGAUGAAGAAUUCUGGAGUUGUUCCAGACCAAUUGAUCCUUGCUACUGUUCUACCAGCUUGUGGUCAUAUAAGGCAUUUGAGAAUCGGGAAAGCCAUUCACUCGUACAUGUUGGUGUCGGACAUGAUUAUCGGCGCUCACAUUAGUAGUGCUCUCAUCAGUUUGUAUGCUAGUUGUGCGAACAUGGAGAUGGCAGAAAAGCUAUAUAACGAAAUGCCAAGGAAGGACUUGGUCUCAUCAACUGCCAUGGUUUCUGGGUACGCCAGGAAUAGAAAAGUCGAGAUUGCUCGCUCUAUAUUUGAUGGGAUGCCAGAGAAGGAUGUUGUAUCUUGGAGUGCCAUGAUAUCAGGAUAUGUUGAUAGUAACCAGCCUAACGAAGCACUGAGUCUGUUCAAUGGUAUGCAAGAGUGUGGUAUCAGGUCUGAUGAAAUUACCAUGUUAAGUGUCAUAUCUGCAUGUGCUAAUUUAGGUUCCCUCGAUAAAGCCAAGUGGAUCCAUGCCUUCAUUAAGAACAGUGGGUUGAAUAAGGUACUGCACAUUUGCAAUGCUCUUAUUGAUAUGUUCGCCAAAUGUGGGGGUAUUAACCUUGCAUUGAAUGUCUUCAAUGAAAUGCCUCUAAAGAAUGUUAUCACCUGGACAAGUAUGAUUAGUGCCUUUGCUAUGCACGGUGAUGGGAAAUCUUCCUUACGUCUGUUUGAGCAGAUGAAAGAUGAAGGCGCUGAACCCAAUGAAGUGACAUUUCUUAGUUUACUUUAUGCUUGCUGUCAUGCUGGUCUAGUUCAUGAAGGCCGUUUAUUGUUUAGCUCGAUGGUUCAGCAAUACGGGAUUGAACCCAAGCAUGAGCACUAUGGUUGUAUGGUGGAUCUUCUAGGAAGGGCUAAACUUAUGCAAGAAGCAGUUAGUCUCAUAGAGUCAAUGCAUUUAGAGCCCAAUGUGCCUAUCUGGGGAUCUCUUUUAGCAGCAUGCUGGAUGCAUGGUGAUCUCAAGCUCGGCGCUUUUGCUGCCAAGAAAAUUUUGCAGUUGGAUCCUAAUCAUGAUGGAGCAUCUGUGCUUUUAUUGAAGAUAUACAUGAAAUCUGAUAACUUGAACAAUGCUCAGGAGGUGAGGGGAGUAAUGAAACUCCACAGGGUCUCAAAAGAAACAGGCUUGAGUUGGAUGGAACUGAAUGAGCCUUUUCAUGAGUUUGCAGCUGGAGGUGAAAAACAUCCAGAAAGUGGCAAGAUCUUCCUUCAAAAAGUUGUGAAUUAAAGAUGCAUGGAUGUUGAGGAUAUGAGAGAAUAUGUUUUGCUGCAUAGUGGGAAACUUGUUUUUUUUCCUGCCAAGUGAUUUAAGGAGAAUUGCGUCUCAUUGUAUUAAGAAGAAAAGUAACCAGGGUCUAAAGAAGGCCCGAUACAAAAGACCCCUUACGGGGGCCAGAAACACGCAUACAAGAAGGAUUGCUUACUGCAAUAGUACAUCGAUUGGUAAUAUCUCUUGCAUGGGCAGAGACUGUGGAAGGCAAUGGUUAUUUUUCAAAUCUGAUGAGCGAGUCAUUCAGCCCACUGCUUGACCUUGAACUGAAUACCAAUUCUCAAGAUCAACUGUCACAGAAUAUGGUAGCAGCACCAACCGAGAGACCAAAUCAGAGAAGAUCAAAGAAUUUCAGCGAGCAGGAAGAUGCACUAUCGGUGUCAUCUUGACUCAAUGUUAGCAUGGAUUUAGUUAAAGAAGCAACCGAACUAGGAGCACCUAUUGGAAUUGAACCUAUGAUCACACUUCCAUUCCAACGAGGAUUUCCCCUCAACGAGCAACCAAAAUCCUCUGAUGCAUCGUUGGGGCACAAUGUAAGAGAAUGCCAACUAGUUAGUUGGAUGCAGACACAAAUUAACUGUAGGGGCCAAAGUGGUAUGACGACUACACAAGAAAGAUUGUGGAAGCCUGUGGGGUGCUCUAGCCUGAAGAUCACACCAAGUCUUCCCAAUUCCUUCGUUGUCGGAAUCUCUUCCUCUCGCGUCGUCGCGACAGACUGUUCCUUGAGGAUUACAGCAAGUGCUCUGCCCGCAUCCCAAGUUCAAGUGCAGCUGCCGCUUUACCCAACGAUUUUAGUUAGGGACAAUGAGAAACCAUGGAAAAGUAUAGCAAAAUCGACAUGGACAACAAGAAGUGAACAAGGAUAGGUUUUGAAAGCGAAGUGACAGUGUUCCCCCUGCUGAAUCUUUUGUGCAAGAAAGCCUAUGGUUAUACGUGGUAUUCUCAUGACAAUAAGUUGGUUGUGAUAGACUAGUCAGUCCUUUUUGAAGGCAAUGGCUGUGGUGUCCUUACACAACCACACAGGGAUUGGCUGGCUGAGCCGUUGGGGUGGUCCUUGCAUUGGUGCUACUCUGGUUAGUACUCCUACUUAAGAGUGGGAUGUUGUCACGUUGCUACUAACUCUGUCAUGACUGUGAUGUGAUAAUGUUAAGAAAAUAAGACACGGACAAGCCAAAGCUUUGUCCAAAGGUUGCGUUUCUGAGACAUUCUUCUGAAUCGAUAUUUCAAUAGUGCAAGGAAUUUGCUUUAUUUUCAUUGGCCAGUACGAACUGCCGAAAUUUACUUAUUAUUUUUAGCGGCCAGGAGUCCACCGAAAAUCAUCCGAACUCUGUAGUGGAAGCUGCAAGAUGUUCUGUUGUAUUCUAUUUCAUACCCUGCACUGUUGUGGUGGUAUUGUUUU